UCUGAAGAGCAGGGAGCGGAAGUGUUAAGAACAUCAGUUUAAUCUGACACUUUUGAUCCGCACCGUUGCACUUUACCUCUACUAAAAUGUUUCCUUUAUUUCUUUUUAUUUCGCUCAUUAAUCUUCCAUAUUGCUCAUCAGCAGACAGAAACGACGAACCAAUAAUCGGUGUUCUGGCUCAGGAGGUUUUCUCCCCGAAACCGAACCAGACGGCCUACAUCGCCGCCUCCUAUGUGAAGUUCCUGGAGGCGGCUGGGGCCAGAGUUGUACCUGUCAUGAUUAACCACACACUGGAGGAAUACAAGACGCUGUUCAGCUUUAUUAAUGGGAUCCUGUAUCCAGGUGGAGGGGUCAGCAUCAUCUCAUCUGGUUACCAAAGAGCGGCCCAAAUCUUCUUCGAGCUGGCCAUCGAGGCAAACAAGAGGGGCGACUAUUUCCCCGUGUGGGGCACCUGUCUCGGGUUUGAACAGCUCAUGUAUUUGACGAGUGGAAAGACCCUGCUGUCGCACACCAACACGAACGGUGUCGCUUUGCCUCUGAACUUUACUGAAGAAGUGAAAGGCAGCAGGAUGUUUGAGGCCUUCCCUCCUGAGCUAAUGUCAGCUCUCUCCUCUGAACCUCUAACAGAAAACUCCCACCAGUGGAGUCUGGCCACGCUGACAUACUACACAAAUGAGGAACUGAGGAGUUUUUACAAAGUCCUCUCAACCAAUACAGAUGGAAACAUUGAGUUUGUGUCGACAGUGGAAGCUCACAACUACCCAGUUUAUGGAACCCAGUGGCACCCAGAGAAAAAUGCUUUUGAGUGGUCGAGACCUUAUAUUCCUCACUCUCCAUCCGCGGUCAGAACUACCUUCCACAUGGCCGAGUUCUUUGUGAGUGAAGCGAGGAAGAACUUUCACAGGUUUCAGUCUAAAGAAGAAGAGAACAAAGCACUGAUAUACAACUUUAAUCCAGUUUACACUGGAACUGCGAGUGCCUUCGAGCAAAUUUAUUUAUUCUGAGAAAUUUCUCUUUGCAAAGGUAAAUGGCUGCCUUCAUAAGGACUUAAACUUUACAGCAACUAUUAGUUUUAUAAUUAUUUAAAAAUGUUGUCGUACACUGGGAAUUGAAUGGAGGAUUUGUAUUAGAGUAAAUUUGAACUCUACUGCACCGAUAUUUCUCAAAUUGAUAUCACUCUCUUUUCUCUGCUUUAAAUUACUUUUGUUUUUCUGUUGGUAAAUGAAUGUUUGCAGGACUUGGUUUUACACUGCAUUUAUGUUUUUCUGGUUGCUUGGACUUAAGCACUCCAACUGGACCUGGAGACUCAAACAGGAACUGCUUUCUAAAUAAAGAAGGGCAAAAAUGA